GCCCAAAAGCAGCCAAAAUGGCAACGGAGAUCCGGGGCCUACCCCACUGCCAAUCCCCGGCCUUGAGGCCUUUCUCAGUGGAGACUUGGCAAGAGCCGCUUCCCUCUCUCACAAUCCCUUGCACAAGCUUGCAUGCUGGCAAUGGGCCACAGAUUACAAAAUUCCAUCUCUGGAUCAGAAAACAGAGACAUUGGGGUGA